AUGGGUGGCCUCCCAAGCCCCGAAGAUGUCCGCCAACUUCUGGGUCCGCCCAAGCAGACCGCCCUCCCGUUCAACAACGUCAACCAAGCGUCGGAGGAGGAACGGGCCCUCCAGAAGAACUGGCCCAUGUUCCCUCGUGGGCCGCUGAGGGACUACCUAGAUGGGUUUGUGCGGAUGCACAAUCGACCCUCGGGCAUCGAGGGUCUUAGGCUUGUGGGUGGUAGAUCCAUCUAUUUUUGCCCAUUCUGCCUGUCGGAUACGGCACAAUGGGCUUCAGGGAUUGAUUUGAUCAACCACCUCGACAGUAUGCAUCGAACUGGGAGGUUUCGGCCACUCAAGUCUCGGUUUUUACCCCUUCUGCCUUCCUCUGGGCUUCCAUUUUCGCUGCUUCCACUCUUUUUGCACUCCCUGGCUAAAAAACAGUCGGCAAUUUAA